UAUUGAACUGGUCGUUUCUGAUUGGCUAACACAGGAAUGACGCAUUUUGUAUGCGACUCCCAAUGUGGAGACUCUUGUUGCUACUUUCGUCAUUGGCUCAUCUCGUUUAAUUUGAUAUGUAACAGCUUAAACUACUAACUUUCCGCGCAGUUCUACUGUGAGACGUACUGCGGGCCCAGAACUCUCACCGAGCGGAGGUUUCAUCAAAUCAAGCGGAGGAAAUGCAGAGUUGGCGUGGACACCCAUGAAGACACUUGCGUUACUUCGGCAAACAGCGUCCGCAUUCUCCCUGAGAUUUGCCGCUUGAUCUAGCGAAGGGCGUCUGGACCAUGGUGUGAAACGCCGGGAGUCCGUCUGUUCCAAACAGGAAGCCAGGGGGUCCAGCUCGGCCGCUGCCCCUCCUCACAUGUGUCGCUCUGUCAAACAGAAGGCUUCCCACAGCUGUGCGCUCACAUGUGAGUCCACGUGCAUCGGCCUCUGCCAGAUGGAGCAAACGCGGAGCCGCUGGAGGAAGCCAAGGAGCCUGUCCUGGAGACGGGCGUUCAUGUCGUCCGUCAAGGGCGUGUCCCAUCUGUCUUGGCGGGAUAAGAGACGGUUGUACUAUAAGCUGCAGUUCUGGCUGUGGAGGAAGCGCAGCAAGAAGUGCCGCUUCUGGAAGGUCCGGACGCGACGGCGGCGGUGCGGCUCCGGGGUCCGUACAGCCACAGACACUGAACUUCAUUUGAAAUCACAGAAAACACUUUUGUUAGAGAACAACAACAACUCGGAAGUAAAAUCCCCAGAAUCCAUAAAAACCCGUCUCGGUCCAGAUGCUGGGGGUUCUGGAGAAGUCCGUCAGAACGGGCUGGGCAGCUGGAGCCAAUCAGAAAGGGUUUCAGGUUCGUCUGAUGCAGGCAGCGUCAGUCAGACCUCACCGACAGCAGCAUCGCUGCCCGACAGCGUUGAACCUUCUGGACGACCCAAGGGCCUUCUUCACCCUCUAGAACUUUCCCACACCUUGCGACCUCUGCAGGGCGCCGACGAUACCGCACCGCUCAGGUCACAGAUGGGUUCAUUAGAACACAGUCCUGAUCUCCAGCGGAGCGAGAGUGAAAAGACAACAUCCUGUGUGAAUGAAGCCAACGCUGACACUCUGACCAGGGAGAUCCAAGACUUCUUGGAAGUCUUCUACAGGCGAUACGGAAGCUUCAUUCCGCUUCAUAAGAGUGACGUUUUGAGGCAUCUGAAGAGAAAGUUCAACUCUGAUUUUAGUGACAGGAAAAGCACCAUCUUCUCUAAAGUGGACAAAUACCGAACCGCGAUCAUCCAGGAAUCUGUCUUGUCUUUCCGAGUCGUCUACAAAAAACACAUACUGACUCUGGAGGACUUGUUGACGUUGGCGAAUGAGCACUGGCUCAAUGACCAGGUCAUGAACAUGUACGGAGAGUUGAUCAUGGAGUCGUCCAAUCACAAGGUCCAUUUUCUCAACAGUUUCUUCCACCGGCAGCUCAUGACCAAAGGAUAUGACGGUGUGAGGCGGUGGACGAAGCAGGUGGAUUUAUUUUCUAAGACUCUUCUUCUGGUGCCCAUCCACCUGGAGGUCCACUGGUGUCUGGUUACGGCCGACAUUUCCGCCAAGAAAAUCUGCCUUUACGAUUCUCAAGGACAUUCACUCCAGAAGGUUGCAAGGAACAUCUUGAAAUAUUUGAUGUCUGAAGCAAAAGAGAAGAAACAAGCUUCAUUUCAAGAUGGCUGGACGGUGUCAUUUGUAGAGGAAAUUCCACAACAGACCAACGAGAACGACUGCGGAGUUUUUGUCUUAGAGUAUUCUAGAUGCCUGUCUCUGUCAAGACCGUUCCAGUUUUCCCAAAAGGACAUCCCGAACAUACGGAAGAGGAUCUAUAAGGAACUCUGUGACUGUGAGCUUCAUGAACUGGACUGAUGAGACGAUGGUACAUGCAGCUUCUGAAGGAUUUCUAAAACGAGCAACCUCACCAGUCUGAGGGUGGCCCUCUGUUAGGGUUUCCAUCCAUCAGGUCUACUGUCAAAUCCACAACUCUUGUUGCUCUGCUGUAUUUAUGUGAUCGCUAUUUAACCAGAAGUGUAAUUUAAGUAAGAAGCAUCUCUGAAGUCCACCAGAAAAGCCUUACUCAGUCUAUCACGGACUUUUCUGUUUCUAUCCAACUGUUAAAACUGGCAAUUUUAUGGUUUUAUUUUCUGUUUCCAUCAUUGUUUAAAUAGAUGCAUUUGGUUAAGUCUUUUGUGUUUCAACCAGAAAAAAUGAUAAAGUUUUACAAACAA